AAUACUGUAUGUGUCAGGCAAGCAGCUGAGGGAAGAUCAACGAACAGGAACUGCAUAAUCUAAUUAUUUCUGGUGCUUCCUGUCUGCUGGCACAGUUCUCAAGGUUGAAGCAGCGCUGAGUUGCUCACUGUAUGUGUGUACGAGGGAGAGUGUGCACGGAUCUGGAUGGGGGCCGUCAGUGUGAAACUGGCAGGCACUGAGAAGAACCCCAACCCAGGAUCCACCGACGCCCGGACCUCAGAACAGGGAUUAAUCUCGUCGGGCACUGACAGCUGGUGGAUGGAAUUGCUGUUUUAGAGCUUGUGUUGCAACAGGGAACUCCAUGGCGGGCUGUGCAGACUUCUGCACGUCCCACACACGGGCUGGUCCAGCGGAGGGGCACCGAUAUGGGGUGCGCUCCUACCUCCACCUGUUCUAUGAGGACUGCACUGGCUCGGUGCUGGAGGACGAGGACCCAGUCGGGCUGAGGACACAGCGCUCACCCAGUAACUGGCGCUCUGCCCUCUGGAAGGUAGGCCUGUCAGCGGGGACCAUCCUCUUCCUCGUCGGCAUGGCAACAGUCACCACCGGAUACCUGGUACCCCCGAAGAUCGAAGGCAUCGGAGAAGACGACUUCCUUGUCGUGGACAAGCGGGCCAUCGAGUACAACGAGGCCCUCGAGGUCAGCAAGCUGGUCGGAGCCAUCCUCUUCAGCGUGGGUGGCACGGCAAUAGCGGCGUGCGUUCUGGUCCUGACCAUUUCCAGACACGUCCCCAGGGAUGAGGAGAGACAGUUUUCCCCCAUCCUGAAGGAAGGGCCGCAGCAGAGGCAACACAGAGCAGUUCUAAAGACUGGGUCGCUGGGGGACGCCCAAAUCCCCGUUGGCUUUACGCGGGUACAAAAUGUCCAGCCCAAGACAGGAACAUGAGGAGACACAUCCAAGCCCUUCUGGAACAGGUCAACCCCAUGUACGUGAAGUCCUCAUCAAAUGGCCACAUUUCCAUACAAUGGCUUUGAGAAGGGCUUCUACAUUAAUGUUGAAUCCCAGUACCCACUCCCCUCCACCUUGCCUUUCGUUGACCUAGAGAUGUUCCAAUCCAAUGCCUAGCACUGCCAAACCUGCUGUGGUAAUGUCACGUCUUUUCUGGCCUUUUCUCCCCUUUGAUGUCUCUCACACCACCAUCGGUUGCUUUGCCUUCAGUAGCCCAAGCCCCAAGCUCUGAAACCUCUAUCCUCCUCUCUAUCUCCUUUAAGGUGCUCCUCAAUAACCGUACCUUGUUGACCGAAUUUUUGGUCACCUGGACUGAGAUGUCAUGGGAGAUGUGACAUGGGAGUCAACGUUUCUCCCCCGUCUUUUCUUGCAACAUAGAAGGAAGCCAUUUUGUUCGGCCCAUCGUGUCUAUUCCGGCUCACAGAGCAAUCCCAUUCUCCCACUAAUUUUCCCUCUAAUCAAUUCUUCCCAGAUUCCCAUCAAUAGCUCCCUGGAUUCUACCUAUCAGUCAUAAACUAGGGGGAACUUACAGUUACCAAUUAACCUAUUAACCUACCAACCCGUACAUCUUUGGGAUGUGGGAGGAAACCAGAGCACCUUGAGGAAACCCACACGGCCACAAACUCCACACAGACAGCACCGGAGGUCGGGAUUGAACCCGGGUCUCCAGAGCUGUGAGGCAGCGGCUCUACCAGCUGUGCUACUGUGCUGUUUGAUGAAGUACCAUUUGUUAUGUUGAGGAAAUACUUGGUGACCUGAUCUCAUCAGCGGCAUCAUGGAGUGCUGAUCCACGUCUAAAGCAAGAGAGUCGAUGGGCACUCUGCUUUUAUCUUAGCAAAUUAAGUCAAAAGGAUCUUUAUCCACCCCAUCUGCUGCCCCCUUUGUUAAUAUAAUUGCAAUAAGUGUGAUCAUUUGGGAGGUUAAAUGAAAAUCAGUUCUUCCACAAAGGAGACGUCGUCUCAAUUUUACUCAGAAAUCUCAAUUCUUUAAUUUCAUUUCAGAUAUUUCCCAAGAGCAAAGUAGUGAAGUGCGGAGCAGGGAAAAAUGAUUCCAUGCAUCCAAGUGGAGGGAGCAAAGACUGAAAAUCAUCCCCUCUUCCCAACACCCACCUUCCCAACCCCAAGUGAGACACUUCAAUGGACUCACAGGUGCAUCCUGGAGGUUCUUCCUUAUCUCCAGGAGACCAGGGUGUGGAGUUACCACCUUUCACCCUACCCACAGGCUGUUUUGAGUUGAUUAACUGCUCUUGGAGUUGAAGUUACCAUGAACUUGUUAAGUCAUCCACGGGACAUGGGUGUCACGAGGAAGGCCAGCAUUUCUUACCUCUCCCUAACUGCUCUUGAACUGUCUCUUGCUAAGUCACUUCAAAGCCGACACACUCUGUCUUCCUUCUCCCAAAGGCCUCAAUGAAACCGACAUUUCAGACCAUAAAGUACAAGAUAUAGGAGCAGAAUUAGGCCAUUCGGCCCAUCGAGUCUGCUCCGCCAUUCAAUCAUGGCUGAUUUUUUUUAACCCCACUCUCCCGCCUUCUCUCAGUAACCCUUAACCCCCUUACCAGUCAAGAACCUAUCAAUCUCUGCCCUAAAUGCACCCAAUGACUUGGCCUCCACAGCCCUCUGUGGCAACAAAUUCCACAGAUUCACCACCCUCUGGCUGAAGAAAUUCCUCCUCAUCUCAGUUCUAAAGGGACGUCCCUUUAUUCUGAGGCUGUGCCCUCGAAUCCUAGACUUUCCUCCUGAUGGGAACAUCCUCUCCACGUCCACUCUAUCCAGGUAUUUUAAUGAUAACCUGCAGUUUUCACAGAGCUUAUCACUAGCUUUUUAAAUUCUAGAUUUAUUUUAUGAAUAGAAUUUUGACUCUCCAGCCAUUGUGUUGGGAUUUGAACUCAGAUCCCUAGGUUGUUAGUCCAACCCCAUACACUACAAGCCUAGCAACAGGACUACAAUGCAUCCCAUGACCUGUUCCACAAGGGCUGUGGAAAUGCCUUCCGAAGGUGCAGUGUACUGAACCCACCCAAUCAUGAUGGAGUCCACCUUCAUCCCAAAAUGAUUUUGUCACAACUUCAUGAGAUAUAAGCAACUGAAAUACAUGAAUAAAAGAACCACAUCACUACCCACUGCAGGCACAGAGUGUUUGUGAACAUUUACUGAAACUCUCUCUACUCACUGUAUAAAUUCUCUUCUUCUUU